GAGAGGCUGGGAAGAUUUAAAGCCACCCUUCCAGCUGAGAAACAAGGCAGAGGCAUUCAGGAAAAACCAAGAGUGACUGUUGCUUUCAUUCCCAGCAAGAUCUCAUCAUGAACUUUUAUCUGUGCAUAUUGGCCUUAAGUGUGGAGGCGUGCUUUGCUGCUCCAAGCCUAGACCCUGCUUUGAAUGACCACUGGCAGCUUUGGAAAACAUGGCAUGGCAAGGCGUACCAUGACAGGGAAGACCAGAGAAGAAUGACCUGGGAAAAGAACUUGAAGAUGAUUGAAUUGCACAACCUGGAACACAGCCUAGGCAAGCACAGCUACAGACUAGGCAUGAAUCAGUUUGGAGACAUGACAAAUGAAGAGUUUAGGCAAGUGAUGAAUGGCUUCAAAUACACCAAAACAGAAAGGAAAUACACAGGAUCAAAUUUCCUUAAGCCAAACUUCUUGACAGCUCCCAAUUCUGUUGACUGGAGGGAAAAUGGAUAUGUAACUCCUGUAAAGAACCAAGGACAGUGUGGCUCUUGCUGGGCCUUCAGUGCAACUGGAUCCCUCGAAGGACAGCACUUCCGCAAAACCGGCAAGCUGGUCUCUUUGAGUGAACAAAACCUGAUGGACUGCUCCUGGCGUGAAGGCAACCACGGCUGUAAUGGGGGCCUUGUGGAUCAGGCUUUCCAGUACGUAAUGGACAAUGGUGGCAUUGAUUCAGAGGAAUCCUACCCAUAUGUUGCAAAGGAUCAAGCAGGAUGCUUGUACAACCCUGAAUACAACUCGGCUAAUGACACUGGUUUUGUGAACAUCCCAUGGAGGGAUGAAAGGGCUCUCAUGAAUGCAGUAGCUACAGUUGGACCCAUCUCUGUGAGCAUUGAUGCCGGUCACGCCUCUUUCCAGUUCUAUGAGUCAGGUAUUUAUUAUGAACCAGAAUGUAGUAGCCAGGCAUUGGAUCAUGCUGUUCUUGUUGUUGGUUAUGGCUCUGAGGGUGCAGAAGAAAACAACAAGUAUUGGAUUGUCAAAAACAGCUGGAGUGAAAAUUGGGGUGACCAAGGCUAUAUCUUGAUGGCUAAAGACAGAGAUAACCACUGUGGAAUAGCCACAGAUGCCAGCUAUCCUCUAGUAUAACUCUGAAGAAGAAGGAAUCACUGAAAAAGCUGCCACAGUCAAAUCUGAGGAAAGACAUUCUAACAUUUUCUCGCCUGAAAGAAAGGGAGUUAAAACUGACAUGUUACCAAUGCAUAUGGUUUUAUCUCUUUCUUCCCAGAUCUGUAACACUGUGUGUUUAAAUCCUGAAUCUCUUGAUGUUUAUAUGAUAGUGCUAUAGGCCUUCAUUUUUAAGUCAAAAGUAAAUGUUGCUUACACAGUGA